UGACUUGAAACUGUUAAGAGUCAGUGAAAACAUUUAAUUGGAUCAGUCUUGAAAGAGGUAGAAAGUAGAACAUGGGAACUAAAACACUGUGUCUUCUUUUGGCGUCUCUUCUGGUAGCAUAUUAUGUUUACACACCCGUUCCGGAGAAUAUUGAGGAACGCUGGAAACUAAUGCUCAUAAAUGCUGGCUUUAGAACUAUAGAACAUGUGGCUGAAUUGACUGAGUGGCUAGGUCUGAUGCACUACAUGGAAGUUCUGAUGAUGAUCACAAGUAUGGAGUACACCGCACCAGUAUCAGAUGAAAAUAUGACAGUCACUGACACAAAAUUCAACAAUGUUCCAGUCCGUUUGUUCAUACCCAAGAAGCAAUCCAGUGGGCUCAGAAGGGCAGUGAUUUACAUUCACGGUGGAGGCUGGUGUGUGGGAGGCUCAGCCAUGGAGCCCUAUGACCUCCUCUCAAGAUGGACUGCAAGCAAGCUAAAUGCUGUUGUUGUAUCAGUCGAAGGACUGAUCCAAAGCAGCUCAGUCAAAUGGUAUAGAUUAGCACCCAAGUAUCAUUUUCCAGUUCAGUUUGAAGACGUGUAUACUGUAGUGAAGUUUUUUCUACAAAACAGUGUUCUUGCACAAUAUGGGGUGGACCCACAUCGGAUCUGUGUUUCAGGAGAUAGUGCAGGAGGUAACUUGGCCGCAGCAGUGGCACAGAAGCUGCUAGAGGACCUUGAAGUUAAAGUUAAACUUAAGAUCCAAGUCUUACUUUACCCUGCUCUUCAGACCCUUGAUCUGGAUUCGCCAUCCUAUAGAGAUAAUGAGAACAAGCCGAUUCUACCCAGGUCAUUGAUGGUCAGAUUCUGGAGUGAAUACUUUACUACUGACAUCUCUCUCAAAGAAGCAAUGGCUUCCAAUAGGCAUGUCCCUGCAGAAUCAAGCCAUUUGUUUAGGCUUGUAAACUGGAGUAAUUUGCUGCCUGAAGAAUUUAAAAAGGAUCAUGUUUAUGUGGGCCCAAAGUAUGGAAGUUCCAGGUUUGGAAAAAAAUAUCCAGGAUUUCUGGAUCCAAGAGCAGCACCACUCUUGGCUGAUGACACCAAGUUACUUGGCUUACCUAUGACAUAUGUCCUCACAUGUCAACAUGAUGUCUUGAGAGAUGAUGGACUCAUGUAUGUCUCACGACUUAGAGAAGCAGGAAUUGAAGUAAUACAUGACCACAUUGAGGGAGCAAUUCAUGGGGUUCUAAUGUUUAUUACAAGCCCAACUCAUUUAGCUCUAGGACACAGAGUUGCAAAUAAAUAUAUUGAGUGGUUAAAUAUGAACUUAUAAAGUGAAAAUGCAUAUUUAAUGCAUUUGGCUCUUAAUCAUGGGUCUGGUUGGAACACUGUAUUUGGGGAGAAAAUGAUCCCCACCAAACACUGUGGAUGUGAAAUUGCCAAAGCAUAGUCCCCAAGGAAUAUCUGUCUUUCAGUACUUGUCUAUAACAAUCGAUGCUCCAUGACUUAUUAGCCUGUAUGUGUGCUGAUCCUUCUUAGUGUCCUUCCCCAUGUCCUUGAAUGGCUAUCAGUGAUUACAUAACAACAGAAUGUUUGUUGUAUCCUAUUUAAUAUCAUCCGUAGCAAUCAGUUCCCAUAGUCAUCAGUGAGAAAUGAGUCUGGAGAUGGAGAUGAAUGGCAGUUUAGGAACCAAAUUCCAUUGUUGAAGUAAGGAAACAAUUUUAUCUAAGCCUGACAUGCCUUUAUGGCUUGCACUUGUGUGGGUAUGUUUGUCUUCUUGGCAGAGUUUAAGGAAGCAGUUGAAAACAUAACUGAAUUUGAAUAUGACUGCUUUUUAUAAAUAGAUAAUUAGGUUUUGUGCCAUUAUUAGACUUUGAUCACAAUCAUUAACUUUUGUUUACUGGAAGGAAAAAAAUGUAAUUUAACAGCAUUGGGUACUGUAUCAUCAAAACAAAAUGCUGAAGAUUACAACCUUACAAUAACUCCAUUUUGUGGCUUGUGUUUCUCUUAUUACUCAUUACAUGUAAACCUUAUGAUUUCAGGGUUGCUGAAUUUAUUCCGUUAGUAUAAUAUUUGCAUACAGCACAAUUUUAAAUCUAUACUUACUCAUGGUAUGGACUCAAGACACAAAUCUCAGUCAAUAUUGCAUGUAUAUGCUUUACCACAAACAUAAGUACAUUACAAAUGUGUCUAAAAUGUUUUGGAAUUCAUUAAAAGUCACAUCCCUGAAUUUUUGUUUGUUUUGUACAUAUAUCUAUUUGAAUAUUUAUUGAUUUUUGAUGUGCUGGUAACGUGUAUUUUCUCUCUAAGAAAAACUCAGUCUUCAAGAAGGCAACCUUUUUACAGCUAUGUAAAAAAGAGAACUUGUGUGUAAUGAUUAUCCUAUUUUUCCUUCAUUUUUUCAUCAUUGUUAUAAAAAUUAAACUUGCCUUUGAUUCUACCACAAUGUACUGUGCAUCUUUCAAACUCUUGUGUUUAUAGGAGAGAAUAAAGAAGCUCACUCUGUGUAUAUAUAAAAAUAAGCAGUAUAAUUAAUUUGGGCCAAAUCCUAUGAGAUGAUGGACCCCCCACAUUGAUUUUGAUGGAGUUAUAAGUGGUCAGUAUCUUCUAACCAUCUUGAAGACUUUUGUCCCUUUUGAAAGGAAAGUAGUUGAAAUAAAUGUAUCAAUAAAAAAGAAGUGAUGUGAGCCUGGGACUACAUAUGAAUUAUACUAGAUUCGGAGCAGGAACCUUACCAAGCUUUGUGCAGUGUGGACAACUAUGCAUAGCUCAAGAAGCACAGUUCCUCUUUUCUAACAGCAGGGGGCUUCAUGGAACUAAAGAACAUUCUCUUAGGUGUGCUCUCUCUUUUGAAAAUUAGUCUGUAAAGUUUGCAUGUUUUCCCAACACACUAUCUAGUUAAUGCUCACCUAUAUUUUCAGGCUGACCCUUCUUUUUAUUGUAAUAUAAUCAUGUAUAUUGUAGUUGCCUCUGCUUCAGUUUUGGGUGAAUACUAUCAUAGACAGAUAAGAAAAUUCUAAGGCUUGCUGUGAAAUAGGCCAUUUUAAUCCCCAUUCUAUUUUCCUUACUCAGAAUGGUUUCCUCUAGUUUCAGCAAUAGAAAAAGCUGGUUUUAAAUUACAUAGUGAGGCUUCAAGUAUCAUUUUAUGGGUAUUAGCUCAGGGAAGAAAGGAGGUGCACAACUGGCGGCAAACAUGGAGAUCAGUAGUCAGGAGCUGAAUUGUGUGGCCAUUGUUGCUUAUCAUCUUUUUAAUCGUUUUUAUCCACACAAACACCAAAGCACUGCUGCUAAAAUGACAUUCUGAUUAUAAAUGUUUAGAAAAGGUCACUCCUCAUUCAGUCUGUUAGAAGAGUUCAAAUAACAAAUAGAAGAGUGGUUGUUCCCCUCCUCUCCUCGUGUAUACAUGUUGCAGGAACUGAGAUUUGGGUACAUACUGACCAACAAGAUACUAAUAUUUUAAAGCACAGUUGGUUUUGCACAUGUAAACAACUCUGCCCUAGAUAGAAAAACAGUGUGUUGGCUCAGCUUUUUGAAAUUCUGAAAAAUAUAAAAUGUGACUUGAGAUGGAAAACAUAGAUGAGUUAAAUUUAAGCCUUAAAUAUUUUGUUGAAUUUUGAAAGGACCUUCCUCCCCCCAAAAAAGUUCCCAACACAAUAUUCAGGGCAUCACUAUUAGAACUCAGGAUAC